AUGUAAUAAGGAACUUUAGUCUAUUUUACUGUUUAAGAUAUUCCAACCUAAUUUUAGAAGGACGUUUACAUAGUACUUAUAGAAAAAAAAAAAAAUAUCGAGAUGAAGAUGCAAAAAAAUAAUUAAUAAUAUUCAUGCAAUCUUUUUUUAUAACCUUAAGUAUCUUAUCAAUACAAAUAUAAAAUAUAUGAUAAAAAUCAAUAUAUAGUACAGGAGAAAGAAUUUAGAAACUUAACUUUUCAAAAAUAUUUACAAAAUGAUAAAUGGAAUAGAAAAGAAGUUUCAAUAAGAAUAUAAACAACAUAAAAUGCUAUUAUGAAAACAAUGAAAAUUAUUGCCAAUUAGAGACAAUAAAAUCUAAAAAUAAUUUAAUAAGUUAUUCUAGAACUUAAGUAAGUUAAAUACAAUGAUUAAAUUUAUUUUGAAUAAAUCAUCCUUGCUGAUUCUGCUAUGAGUUUGUUAGAAAUUGAAUUUAUAUUUAACAAUUAAAUAUUUGAAACAAACCGAAAAGAAUAGAGAUAUAUAAAAAAAAAAACUUAUUGUUAUUCUGAACUUAAAACAAUUGGUAAUUAAUCAUUCGUUGAAAUAUAAGAUAAAGAAUUUUAAGAAAUGAUCUGUAAAAAAAGUUAACCAUCUAUUGCUUCGGUUACACCAGUUAAUACAGAUAAAGAUCAAUAUAAUACUGAUAUUUUAGAUUAAAAAGUACAAAACUUAUUAAAAAUAUAUGAGAAUAGUUUAAGAUAUUAUUAGGAGAAUCAAGAAAAAAAAGAUUAAUAGAUUAAAUAAUUACAAUUGGAAAAAUUAGAACAAGACUAAAUCAUUUUCUUUAAUUAUUAAGAUUAAUUUCAAUAAGAUGAUUAUAGUGAAUAUUCAAGAUAAUUUAAAUAGAUCGUUGAAGAUUUUACAAUAGUUAUCAAAGACAAAAAUUUAACAUUGUAAGAAUAACAAGAAAUAAUCUCAAAUUAGUAAAUUACUAUACAAAAUUUAUUAGAAAAAGUCAAAUAAUUAAAAAAAAAAGAAGGAGAAAAUGAAGAGAAAAUUAAAAAUUUUGAAAAUUAAAUAAAAAAUUAUGAGAAAUGUUUAAAAAUGAAAUCAUAAGCGCUUGAUGAAUUAGAAGAAUCACUUAAAAAUGAAAAAGAAUAAAACAAAAUAAUAACUCAAGAAAAAGAAAAAUUUCAAAAAUAAAUUUUUGUACUUGACAAUGAGAUCAAGGAUUGUUAGAAAACGAAAGAAAUCUUAAUGGAAUAAAUUGAAAUAGCGUCAGCAGAAAAUGUGAAAACUAGAAAUGAAAAUAACAAAUUAAAUUUAGAAAAAUAGGCAAUCACUAAUGAAUUAGUAUUUAAAUUAAACGAAAUUGACAAACUAUUAUAUGAUAAAAAUACAUAAUUCAUAUUUUCAAAGUAACAUCAUGUAUAAUUGAGAGAUACUAGGCAAUUUUUAAGAGAAUACAAAAAUUCUCUAGACAAUUAAGCAAGUCUAAUGAAAUAAAGUAAAUAGAUCUUAGUUAGGCUUAAUUUGAAAAAUAUAGAAAAUUUUAAAAGUAUAAUAGGAACUCAUAAAGAAUUCGAUAUUAUAGUUGAUAUUUAAAAUUUAAAAAAUCAACUUGGUUACAUAGAAUUGGGUUUAAAUAAUUUUCUAGAAGAAAAAAUAACAUUAGGAUAAAUUUGCAACAUUUUUUAAUAAUAAGUACUUAAUAAUUUCUCAUGUCUCUUUGAAAGCGAUAGAAUUAAAUAAAAAGAACGUACUCAAAUAGAAGAUAUUUAAAAUGAGGUUUAGUAAAUUUUUUAAGUUUUAAAUAAAUUAGAUCAAAUAAAAGAUACGAUGCCAAAACUUCAGAUAAGUUAAAUAUAACUCUAGCACCAACCAUCAGUAGCUUUUAGUGA